AUGGCAGCUAUAAGAGGCAGAUUUAUAAACAUUGUUCGCUCCUUCUCAAUGUCCCUGACGGGGAGAAGGGAGCGUCCUGGAUCAAAGGAGUGUCGUCUUCUAGCAUGUGGCCCAAGAGAUGUAACUGAAGCCCUCAAGCAAACCUUCCAGACAGAAACAGACAUGGCAUCAGCGUCACUGAACACCCUCAGCAUGAGCAGACUUCAGGGCCUGGUAGCUGGGAUAAAUCGACUUUCUGUGAUCAUGAGUGAUGCUUUUAUCCUCGUCUUCUACAUGGACGAUGAAGACUGCUUCCAGACCAUCUCAGCAUUCAGAGAACGUAUAAUUGAACUGAAGGGAGAGGACGUGCCAUUACUGGUUGUUGGCUACAACCGAGCCACGUCUUCUCCACGGAUCAUGGGUCCAGAGACCGCAGACUGCCUUGUUACAAUCGAGUGGGGUUUGAGCUACAAGGAAGCAUCCGCCGGCAAUCCAGGAGAUCUGAAAGAGGUGUUAAAAGAGAUGUUCAAUAUUAUCGGAGCUAAGCAGUCAAUGCAAAGGGCAGCAGACCGCAGAAUGACCAGUGUCUGA